AAAUUCGGGGUGCGCCCGUGCAUCCCAGCACCGUCAGCUGGAUCCGCCCCUUCUGCUGCGGUGGCGGCAUGAGCGGCGGGGCGUCGCUGGGGCUCAGGUCGUCGGGGAGCUAUGGAUCGCUGCUGCAGCAGCAGCUAGGCGGCUGCCAUUCCUCGCCCUCGCCCGCGCCGUCGGCAUCCCCGCCGCUCGCCGCGCGGAAGCCCGCCAAGAUGUCGCUCGGCGGGGCCGGCGGCGGCGGGGGCCCGCGCGUGUUCGCACGGAUCUGCAAGCUCGCCGGCCGCCGCCAGCGGAUGCUCCUCCUCCUUCUCGUCGCCGUCGCGGUGGCCUUCUGCUUCCUCUUCUCAUCACUUGUCAGUAAAGGUGAUGAAGAUGCAUCACCUGGUGUUGAGACCAUGCUUGUAUUUUCUGAUCAUGUCCGGAGCUUUGUGAACCCUGUUUGGACAUCAUCAGGCAGACCAGUAGCCCAAAGAGAUUCACUGACUGUGAACGGUUUGAAUACAGCAUCACAGAUGGAAAAACAAUCUGAUAGCAGUCGUAAACAAGUUCAGAGUCCCAUGCGGAGGUUUCCACCAGCUGUUGUUCUGAAUCACCAUCCUUGUGAAAAUUUCUCAUUGUCUCCUCCACCUAUUGAUAGAAAACGCACUGGACCACGGCCCUGUCCAGUUUGUUAUUUGCCUGUUGAGCAAGCGCUGGCACUGAGACCUGCUCAGCUAUCAGCAUCACCUGUCCUUCAAAGCUUAAAUUAUAUAUCUGAAGCGAAUUUGGUUUCCGAAGAGUCAAAUGGUGGUUCUUUGUUUGGAGGUUAUCCAUCCCUGGAGGAACGAGAUAAAUCUUACGACAUAAAAGAUUUGACGACAGUGCAUUGUGGAUUUGUAAGAGGGAAGAUACCUGGUCUUAAUACUGGGUUCGACAUAGAUGAAGCUGAUCGUUCUGAGAUGCAGCAGUGCGAGAGGACUGUUGUUGCCUCUGCUAUUUUUGGAAACUAUGAUAUACUGCAACAACCAGAAAACAUCAGUGAUUUUUCAAAGGAUACUGUUUGCUUCUUUAUGUUUCUGGAUGAAGAAACAGAAGCUGCACUAAAGAACUCCACUACCAUUGAUCAUACUAAAAGAAUCGGGCUGUGGCGUGUAGUUGUUGUUCGCAACCUACCAUAUUCAGAUGCAAGGCGCAAUGGAAAGGUUCCAAAAUUACUACUUCAUCGGCUUUUUCCUAAUGUGCGAUAUUCAAUUUGGAUUGAUGGGAAACUUAAGCUAGUGAGGGAUCCUUAUCAGGUAUUAGAAAGAUUCUUGUGGAGGAAGAAUGUUAGCUUUGCUGUUUCCAGGCAUUACAGACGCUUUGAUGUCUUUGAGGAAGCUGAGGCCAACAAGGCUGGUGGAAAAUAUGAUAAUGCUUCAAUUGAUUACCAGAUAGAGUUCUAUAAAAGUGAGGGUUUAACUCAUUAUUCAUCAGCUAAGCUUCCUAUAACAAGUGACGUCCCUGAGGGCUGUGUGAUAAUUAGGGAACACAUCCCCAUAACAAACCUGUUUACAUGCCUUUGGUUCAAUGAAGUUGACCGCUUCACCUCCAGAGAUCAGCUAAGCUUCAGCACAGUUAGGGAUAAAAUAAGGUCGCGAGUUAAUUGGACUGCAGACAUGUUCCUGGACUGUGAAAGGCGUGAUUUUGUUGUUCAGUCAUACCACCGAGAACUGUUGGAACAGAGGCAGGCUACCUUAAGAAGUCGGCCUCCCCUGCGGCCUCCCAUGGUGCAGAUACAACCGAGAAAGAUGCUUCCAGACAAUGCAGCAAAGGAACCCGGGAAGGCUUCAUCAGCCAAGAAGUUACCAGGGAAGCGAACACGUGAUAAGAAAUCAAGCUCAAAACGAGCUCAUCAAACUAAAGUAAUUGGUGGGAAGGAGGCAAUUCAACUGUAAAUCUCCUGGCAGUUUUGCUCCUAUACAAUUGCAGAUCUAACGAACAUUAUUCCGACAUGGUUUUACUAUUUAACUUGUAUUCAUGCUGCCUUACCAACGGCUCAAAAAUUUUGUCAGGAAGUGUUAAUAGAGGGCUAAAUUUUUUUAUUGUAAAUAAACAUUUCUUUUUAUAUUAGAUAUGGAUUCAACUAGCAGCUGAUCCAAUUCAAUUCAAUUCA